AUGACAACAGUCAUCGUGCUGACCUUCUCUAACUCAGGUCUGGAGACAGAGAGCGUCAGGACUCUGGCUCACAAACUCGGCGCCUCGGCCAAAAACCUGCAGAACUUCAUAUCCGGCCGCCGUCGCAGCAGCCAAUCAGAGAGCAGGUCCUCACGGCGGCUUCCCAACGAUCUGCUGACCUCCGUGGUCGACCUCAUCACCGCUGCCAAGAGCCUGCUAGCCUGGCUGGACAGGUCUCCCUUUGCUUCAGUGGCAGACUACUCAGUAACCCGAAAUAAUGUCAUUCAGCUCUGUCUGGAGCUCACCACCAUUGUACAGCAGGACUGUACGGUGUUUGAGACAGAGAACAAAAUCCUUCAUGUGUGCAAGACUCUGUCAGAGGUGUGUGAGCACAUUGUGUGUGUGUCAUCUGACCCGCUUGUUUCUCAGUCAGCCCACCUCGAGCUGGUUCACCUCACCAACAUCAAACCCUCAGAAGGCCUGGGAAUGUACAUCAAGUCAACCUACGACGGCCUCCAUGUGAUCACAGGAACUACUGAAGGGUCACCAGCUGACCGCUGUAAGAAGAUCCAUGCAGGAGAUGAAGUCAUUCAAGUCAAUCACCAGACUGUGGUGGGCUGGCAGUUACGCAACCUAGUCGGCUCGCUGAGGGCAGAUAAAGGCGUCGUGUCCCUGACCCUGAAGAAGCGUCCACAAAGCACGCUCAGCUCUGCCCCUGCUCUGCUGAAAAACAUGCGCUGGAAACCCCUAGCACUGCAGCCAACCAGAAGCCCAGGCAGCAGUUCUGCCACACCCUCAGGCACACCCACCAAGAACUCCGCCAUCCAGGACCUUUACAUCCCCCCUCCCCCUGAUGAGCCAUACACACCCAGAGAUGAGACAGGAGUCUUGCCGGGAGAUGAGGCAUCUCGUAACCACAGUAGCGUCAGUGUUGCUAAGCGCUCUGAGUCACCAAACUCCUUCCUGGAUCAAGAGUCUCAUCUGCGAGAAGAGGAGGAACCCGUGUACUGCACCACACCUACAUAUGGCAGGCUGAGGCCCAUCUCCAUGCCUGUGGAGUGUAACUGGGUGGGCAACUAUGAAGAUCCAGCCAAGCUUAACAGAGAAAGUCGCAGAGAAGCGUCCCUGAUGCGUUACGUGGGAAUCUCCGGCGUGGACGAGAGGACCAGCUCUGAGGACUACUCCUCCCACACGGCUCGCCCAGGCAAACGGACCAAUGACACGGCCAAACGCGCAAAGAGACGGAGCCACCACAGCCAAAGCCCCUCCCACUAUGUCCUGCAAACAAAUCAAAGAGAUUCUCCACCGAGAGAGCCGGCCUCAAUUUAUCAUACAUACCAACAGUCCUCCUCUCUGCAGUCAAAGAACAGGAAGAAGACUAAAGGAAGAAGUUUGGCCUCUCUGAGUCGGAGGCGUGUUUCCUGCAAGGCGCUGGGCAGAGGAGACUGCGAGGGCUGGCUGUGGAGAAAGAGAGAUGCGAAGGGUUACUUUUCUCACAAAUGGAAGAAAUACUGGUUUGUUCUGAAGGACAACUGCCUGUACUGGUACAUCAAUGAGGAGGAUGAGAAGGCAGAGGGUUUUGUCAGUCUUCCAGAGUUUAAGAUUGACCGUGCCAGUGAAUGUCGCAAGAAGUAUGCUUUCAAAGCAUGUCACCCCAAGGUCAAGAGUUUCUACUUUGCAGCAGAUGGAGUGGAUGACAUGAACAGAUGGCUGAGUCGUCUCAAUAUGGCUGCCGUGGGCCACGCAGAGCGAGAGAGGAUACGUCAGGAGCAGGAUUACUGGAGUGAGAGUGAACAUGAGGAGGAAACCACCUCCAGCCCCAAACAGGACAGUCCCCCACCUCCAUAUGAUACCUACCCACGGCCUCCAUCAAUGAGUGCCUAUAUGGAAGGCCGAACUCGACUGUCUUCUACAGAGACGUGUCGUUCUCGCUCUUCUCAGGAGGACUUUCUCUGUGGCGACCCCCCCGGGUUGGCUGCAGAGCCACAGUACCACCCUGGCCCUCUAGGGGGAGGCACUACACACAGUGGGAGGAAACCAGGGGGCAGCAGCAGCAGCGACAUGCAGUAUAGAUGUGAUACUGUAGAGUACCGAUCCAGUCCUGCAGGGGGCAGCAGUGAGACGGGGUCUCCGGGCCGCUCUUCCUCGUCUCAGAGACGUUCCUGGCAGGACCUGAUUGAGACACCGUUAACUGAGGCGGGACUGCACUACCUUCAAACUGGACCUCUAGAGGACGCCGUCUUUGCUGAGCCUAGUCCAGUAAUCGGGAGUAUGAUGGCCGGAGCUGUUUACACUCUUCCUGCUCAGAGGAAUGUCCCGUUGCCCAUGGCGAUGACAAGGCUAAUUCCUAUGGCAACCAAGGGAGGGAAACCCCGCAGUUUCACACUGCCACGAGACAGCAACCUACACACACUCUUCACGCCCCCUGCGAAAGAAGAACAGCAAGCACACAGCAGCGGCAGCGAGGGUGCAUCCCUGGGCGACCUGUUCCGAGCGUGUGAGCAGGGCGGGGUCUGUCCACUGGGUCGGGGGUCAGACUCCAGAGGUCAGUCAGAGUGCAGGCAGUCCUUCCUCCGACGGGCCGCAGACCCUCAGCUCAACGAGCGCCUUCACCGCCUCCGCAUCCUGACAUCCACCCUGAAGGACAGGGAGGGGGAGCUAGCGCUGAUUGACAGGCUGUUGACCAAUCCCCAGCUGUCGUCGGCAGAGUUCCAGGAGUGGAAAAGAGCCUAUCAGGAGCUGUUCUCUCAGGAGCCAGACUCGACCACUGAAUCAGACCCCGGCCCGCCCCUCACCCCCUCUCUCUCUCACACACACUCGUACAUUGAGACCCACGUCUGAUGAGUUAACACACACGUUUGAGUUGCUCCGCAAGAAGCAGAAGUUUUGAUGUGACAGGGUUGCGAUCAGUGAUGGACUUUGUUAAAAGAGGAGAGUAAGGACUUGAAAUCCUUAUACGCUUUCAGCUGUCAAAGUGUCAAAGUUCAACAUGACAACUUUCUGAGGAGAAGCCUGUGUGGCACUCAUGUCACAUAAAUCUACGAGCUGCUUGGUUAAGCCAUUCCGGCUGGCUCAGGGGUGAACCAUAAACCGAUUAUUACAUGUUGGCUUUUAUGCUCUUUAAAUACUAACUUGACAACAUUCCUCAGUUUCUUUCUCCUGAUGGACAGAGACCAGAAAAGUAUAUUCAUGAGCCACCAUUACCAGUAUUUCAAAAUGCUUGUUGUGCCAUGUUUAUACCAACAGCACAUAGCCUCAUUAACAGUCUAAUAGCCACAGAGUGACAUGCAUUGUAUUCUGUCAAGCCUUAUACUUGAUGUCGAUGAUUGUCUUUUCUGUACAGUGAGUAUUACAACAUAGAGGAUUAGCACAGGGGUUUUUCAAUUAAUUAGUCUCAGUUUCUAUCUUGUUAUAGAGACUUUAGUUGUGCUGGUUUGGUAGAAUUACGUACUGUACUUUGCUGGGCUGGACAUGAAGCAUGCACAUUCAAGAGCCUCCUGGUAUAGAACCCAUUUAAAGGAAAAGUCUACUCUAAAAACUCUUUAAACACCGCUUUCAAACAGCCAGUGAUUACUUGUUUUCUUGCACAAAAAGGAUAUGAGGCCAGUUUCCGUAUCAUACUGUCACUUAAUUUUCACUGUCAGCCUUAUUUUACUUUUACUAACAAAGUUUUGUUAAUGGUAAAAUCUUGAUACCAUUCAUUUAAUUUAACAUCAACCUCCUUUAAUUUUUGUCAAUGUCUUUUUUACAUCUUUUUGGAGACUGCAACAAGAUUGAUUCUUAUCUCAUUUCAGUCUAUUAGACUCCUUUCAUUUAUAAAAUAAAAGAUGCAAUUUUAUAUUUAUACGGGCAAAAAAGGAACAUAUUUGAUUUGUCUAAUUCAUACAUUACAUUACUCAUAUUUACUCAUAUUGCAACCCACAUAACCUAUUCAUUAACACGAUGUAUACUGGAGUCUAUUAAGGUAAAAUACAAAGUUUGAACACCAUGAUAUUUUUUUGAAUUUGUAUUUCAUUUUAGAAGGCCCCACUUGAGUGCAGACAAGAUGGCAUGCAGGACAUACUUUCAAAGGGGACAUUUUUUUUAACAUAAUUUUUUGCUUUAAUAGGCAACCUUACUUUAACACUUGAAAUGUGGUUACCAUGAGAACUACAAUUUUACGAGUCAACAUAAAGUGGAUGGUUUAUUCCGCUUGUCAUAGAAAGUCAUCCUAUGAAACACUUAACCACUCUUAUUUAAUUAAUAGGUAAAGAAAAUCACAAAAUAAGUCCUAAAAGUUUCUGAACAUCCACGAUUAUUCAUAUUUGAUAUAUAAUAUAACGUUGUCUCUUGGGUGAAUUGUUCCUUAGAUACCAUUGGGCUCCUGCAUUCUGCAUGCCAUUAAGAGAAUAUAAGGACAUGUUUGCAUAGGAAAUGAAAUAUGGAGCUAUUAAAAAAAUAUAUCAGUUUGUUAUUUGUACGCUGCUGCCAAGUGUCUCAAUACUCAGAGAGAAUGCACACAACUAUGAAAGCAAUCAUACACACAAAUAGAGACAAGCACACACAAUAAUAAACACACAUUUUGACAGUUUGAAUGCUCUAUCCGUGCUGCUGCCAUAGUUGGUUGUAGUAGCAUGUCUUUGUUGUAGAUAAACACAAUAUUCCUUUUCUGUUUUUGUGUUUGAAAUCUCUAGAUACAGUAGGUCUCUCUUUAUAGAGUGCAAACUAAGUGUCUUGGAUAGUGUUCUCUAAUUAUAUCAGUUUUUUUGGAAAGUUGAGUAAAGAUUAUUUAAUCUAUGUUCAAUUUCUAAAUGACAGUAAAAUAACAGUAUUCAUUUAUCAUUCUAACUGUUCUGUCGGAAAGGGGUGGAUCAAUAAAAUGUGGUCGUUUGGAUAA